UAGAUUAGGAGUUCAUUUGGUCAUAGGAUCCACUGGCUCUGCCUUUCAAGGGGAUUUAUAUGACAUGAUUGGCCGUGGGCUCGCUAUUGAUAAGCAUUAGAUAUAUCUUACGAGUUCACCCCUCUCAGCUUCAAUCCUACAACUAUGCCGGCCCUCAGGUCCCUUAAAUUCUUUAGUGAAUUGGUCAAGUUUGGGUUGCCAUGGGACCUGACAACUUUACUCAAUAAGUCAAUCCAAUCGAAAGCGUCCAAGCCACGAGACAGAGUCUACUCGCGUCUUGCCUUAACAAGCGAAUUGAAAGAAAUCGAAAAGUCACCUCUAGCUUUCCGGGCAGACUACAAGAAGCCAGUGGAAGUGGUUUUCCGUGAUGUAACUCGACAUAUCAUUUCGUCAACAGGAAACCUGCGGAUUCUGUCACUCAUACGCUAUACCCCCAAUUGGAAUAGGUAUACGUCCUGGGUAAUCGAUUUCAGUGCCCACGCUGAAUGGGGG